GUGAAAUAAUCUAGGGGCGUCACUUCCGGCCUUCGUUCCUUUCUCCGAGACCUUCCGUCGGUGGUGGAACCCGCGUGUUUACACACUCACAGAUGAAGGAGUCGAUAAUGAAUCAGGAGAAGCUUGCCAAACUGCAGGCGCAGGUCCGCAUAGGCGGCAAGGGGUCAGCCCGCAGAAAGAAGAAGGUGGUGCACAGAACAGCAACAGCAGACGACAAGAAGCUGCAGUUCUCCCUCAAGAAACUAGGAGUCAACAACAUCUCUGGCAUUGAGGAGGUGAAUAUGUUCACAAACCAGGGCACAGUGAUCCAUUUCAAUAAUCCAAAGGUUCAGGCCUCUUUGGCUGCCAACACCUUUACCAUCACAGGGCAUGCUGAGAACAAGCAGCUCACAGAGAUGCUUCCUGGAAUCUUAAACCAGCUGGGAGCUGACAGUCUUACCAGCCUCAGGCGAUUAGCAGAGACCCUUCCUAAACCAGCUGGAGAGAACAAAGCCCCCAUGGUUGCUGCUGAAGAAGAGGAUGAUGAAGUUCCAGAUCUUGUUGAAAACUUCGAUGAAGCUUCAAAGGAUGAGGCCAACUAACAAAACACCCUUGAACAUUUGUCUCACCAUAUCUCCACACACACAUUUCUGCAUAUGGAGUUGGUCAUCAACAAAACUUCAUUUUUUAUUGUAACACCUAGAAUUGGUGUAAAACAAGUAAAAACAUAUUUUUAUGGCAACUGUGACCUAUGCCUUUGUCUCAUUUAGUUCAUCCCGCAGUACACGUGAUUUUAUUUAAUUCGGUGCGAUGUGCAGAGCUUUGUCUUUCUCAUGUUGCCUCUCCUGCCCACACAUCAAAAUUGCAUUGUUGGAAUUAAUCAUGUAAUAAAGAUUACAUUAAAGUUUA